UUUCCUUUUCCUUUUAUGUCUAAUACUAUCCUUUCAUGGGACAACAGCAAUCGAAUAAACUGAAUGAACCAUUUACGUUUGGUUACAUAUCACAACCUCAAGAGCCAGAUACAACCGAGCCAUAUACAAAGAGUUUGACCUUUACAGAUUUUAUAUUAAACCAUCCCGAUUUGUAUAAACUAGAAGAAAGCUCAUCGAUUUUACAUCGAAACUUGGAAAAUGAUUUGAAUUAUAUUGACCAAACGUAUUAUAACACAGAAGAAGAAGAUGACGAUGAAGAGGAUUAUACAAGCAUUGAUGAUGAAACAUAUACUCUAAGGGAUGAAGAAGGUUGGUCGAGAUUAACAGCAGAGCAGGUCAUGAGUCAUAAGCGAAUGACGUCUUUUGUGGAUUUAUCAAACCAGUCAUUGAUCAAACUUAGCUCGAGUAUUGCUUAUCUGAGCAAUUUGACAAAACUAGACUUGUCGAAUAAUUUAAUGAUCAACUUGCCACGAGCGAUUGGUCAACUUGUCAACCUACGCAUACUGAAUGCUUCCAAGAACCAACUAGAAUUUAUACCAGAUACCAUUCAACAACUAAAGAGACUAAACACACUGAUCUUGAGUGAAAACAAGCUGACGACGUUACCCAAAGGUAUUGGCAGUCUACCGCAGUUGGCAGUCCUACUGUUAGACAAUAACCAAUUAGCUCAACUACCACAGGAGAUAUCACAAUUAAGCGAGCUGAUGACGCUCAAUGUAUCUCAUAAUCCCCUAAGAGCAGUACCUGCCGAGAUAGCUUCACUUAAAUCACUCAAAAAACUUUUAACAGAGGAGUGUUCCUUUGACACUGAAUGCAGCUAUCCUCUGAUGCAUGAUCCACCUAGUUUAUUUGAAAUUUGUGCUAGACAAAUCACCCAGCUCAAGAUACCCAUACCAUAUGCUCACAUUGCUGAAUACCUUAAAAAGAAAAAAGUGUGCUCCUUUUGCUCCGGCCCUUACUUUGAAUCCUUUGUCUCACGGAAGCGGUUUGUUGAGAGGGUCAGUGGAGAGCCCAUGGCCCUUGAUUACACGCUCUGUACAGCUCAUUGGACAAAUGAAGAUGAUCGUUUGCUCGCUAUGUUCUCAACUGGAAGUCAAUUGAGUACGUCGCAAGAUUGUCUCGUGGAGGUAUCCUACAACAGUGAUCCAGAGUCUCAAAACGAAUUUGAAGAAAGCACAGAGACAACUACAAGUCAAGAUCAGUCCACAGAAGACCUUUAUCAUAGAGAAUCCUUGAAUAUACCAUCCUCUGAUUUAGACAGACCCAAUAGUCAUAGUAGCAACAGUGCCUCUUCAGAAUCUCAUGCUCUACGGCAACCAGAUAGCUUUCAAAGUCUCAUGGUAGCUUUACCUUUUAUACAUACCACAGAUAAACGAACAAAACGACCUACUGUCAAACAAAGCUUUGCUCAACUCGGUUCUCGACUUGCAACAUCUAAACGUGGAAGCAACAGUCGAGGAAGAAGCGAAACACUUUAAUAAAAAGCGCCCCAAUGAGAUCUUGCGUGUCUUUUUUAAACUUCCGCGAUUCAUUUUUUUUUUUUUUAA